CCACCACUACUGCGGACCACAACAACAACAAAAGCUAGCAGAAAAGCUGUGACCACAACAACAACACAGCUAAGUAAAUUUGGCCAACUCUCUGAGAUUGAGAUUAAGAUAUCUACGCAGACUGAGAUCGGUUCGCAUUGGAGCGAAGAUUGCGGAAGAGCGGGCAGUCAGACGCGGAAGUAACAACCUUCGAUUCCAGCCAUGGCCGCUGUGCUGCCGGAAAAUGCGGCCGAGAUCGCGGUGGCCAACGCAAUCAAUAACAUCAACGGGAAUGGAAACGGCAACGGGCGCAAUCGGGUGCUACCAGGAGCAUUUGGAGCUGGUGGCCAGAACAAUAUGAUUAACAUGCGGGAUCGACUGUUCCAUGCCAUUUACUUUCGGGCGGCGGCCGCCUAUGCGGAGUUGGUGCCACGAAAAGUGCAGCUGACCAUCGAGUUCCUGCUGCUGGCCAAGGCGCUGUUGUUUUUCUUUACGCUCAUCUAUGUGCACAACGCCUUUAUCAAGAAUCCCUGCACCUGCCUAAAGGAUGUCCAAAACUGGCCACGCGAGGGAGUCAUCAGAGUGGAGAUUAUUCCCCAUUUGACGGAGAAGCGAGCCAUUUGGCAGGGCAUCAAGCGGGAUCAGCAAAUAGUGCGCUCCUUAAAGGAUUCCUAUUACUAUAGCAUUGGUCCGCAAACCCAACAAAAUCACGAUCGACUUAAACGUUAUGAAUCCAUUCUAGGCAAGUUGGGUCUGCCCGUUAGACCCACUUUUGCUUAUAGUAACGAAUCACUAUACUACUACUUCGAUGCCAUCAAUAUCCUAGACACCUACGACCAUCCGAAUGCUAUACAGCUCAAGAACGAAGAAGACGAUGAGGAGCAGUACAUAGUGGAGUAUUCGCUGGAGUAUGGCCACCUGCGUUUGUCUUCUGCUACGCGAAAGCGUUUGCACAUCCCCGUGCUCACAGUACAACUAGAUCCCGAUACGGAUAAGUGUUUCGGGGACAGCAUAACGCGAUACCUGCUCAAACGACUGUUGGGAUAUGAUGACUUACUGAUGGCCUCUGUAAGAACUUUAGCCGAGCAGGAGGAAAACAAGGGCUAUCUACGCAAUGUGAUAACUGGCGAGCACUACCGCUUCCUGUCCAUGUGGUGGGCAGCCUGGAGCAGCUAUCCAGCUGCGUUCUGCGUGAUGCUGCUGUUUACCUUUUCAGUGUCCAUGCUGCUCCGCUACUCGCAUCAUCAAAUAUUUGUCUUUAUUGUCGACCUGCUGCAGAUGCUGGAAUAUAAUGUAUCCGCCCGGUUUCCCAUCGCUCCAUUGCUCACCGUCAUUUUGGCGCUCGUAGGAAUGGAGGCCAUCAUGUCGGAGUUCUUUAAUGACACCACCACGGCCUUCUACAUCAUACUGAUUGUCUGGAUUGCGGAUCAAUACGACGCCAUCUGCUGUCACACGAGCAUCACCAAGCGCCAUUGGCUCAGAUUCUUCUACCUGUACCAUUUUGCGUUCUAUGCGUAUCACUACCGCUUCAGUGGACAAUACAGAACGCUGGCGCUGCUCUCCUCCUAUUUGUUCACCCAGCACUCGAUGGUGUUCUUCUUUCAUCGUUACGAGCUGCCAGCCAUCAUGGCCCAGCACCAGGUCUUCAUCAUCACACGCAACCAAGGAGGAGCGGCGGCAGCAGCAGGAGCAGGAGUUGCAGCAGCAGCAGCAGGAGGAGCAGGAGGUGGUGGGGGAGUAGGAGCUGCUGCCGCUGGUGGGGAACCAGGAGCUGCUGGGGGAGGAGCUCCCGUUGGCCAGCAGGCGUCCAUGCAACGUGCCCGUCUCAUAGUCACCCGCCUCUUCGGCCAACUUGCAGCACAGCGCCAAGGACAACAGCAGCAGCAGCAACAGCAACAGCAGCAAGAGGAGCAACAGCGAGCAGCAGCCGGAGCCAGUGCAGCAGUGGGCGUGGCCUUGGCCAACCUGCGAAGACUGCCCGUGGUGGGCCAGUGGCUGCAGGGCCGCGAGCAGUUCGCCACGGUGAGACGCGUCAUCCUGGGACACGGCAACAACGCACGCCUCAUGCAGGUGCGUCUGCAGCGCAUCAACGUGGCCGACAUUCCCGGGUUGCGCAACCAGGUGGCAGCAGCCAUGGCCGCGGCCGGAGCUGUCCAGCGGGGAGAUGCGACGGCAGCAGCAGCGCCAGCAGCAGAUCAACCCACCACCAGCGGCGAUGUUGCAGCUACGGCAGCCGCAGCAACAGUAGCAGCAACAGCAGCAACAUCAGCCACAACAACAGCAACAGAAGCAACAGGAGCAACAACCCAUGCAGCAGAUGUCGAAACAAAUCAGGGACGCAAACAGCCGACAACAUCGGGCAUAAAUGAUGCAGCAGCAACGGGAGCGGAAGCAGCUCAAGGAAAGUCCGUUCAGGAGUUGGAGAUCCAGCGACCGGGACAGGAAAAGCAACUCGACGGAAAGCAGGAGGAGAUGGAGGAGGAGGAGACGAAGGAGGAGGGCGUGUCCAAGACGCUGGAAAAUCUAAAUUCCGUUGCGGCGGAUAUUAUAAAUACGUUGGAUGGAACUACUGUUGCUGCAACGCCCGCUUCAGAGGGCACUCAACGGCCGCUGGAAACCCUGAUCCGCACCCACGUCCAUGUCCAUCAGAGCCAGCCAAAGGCGAGGCAAUUAGAAAAUAAUUUGCCAGAGCUGCUAAAAGCGGAGGGGGCAUACGCAGCAGUGGCAGCAGGAGUAGGAGCAUCAGCAGCAACAGCAGCAGCAGAGGCAUCAGGUGAAAAGCAAAGAUGCCCACUACAAGCUCACAGCAUUAUGAAUGACCAGCAGCAGCAGCAAGAGAGGCAGAAAAACAAGCCGGACGAGCCCGCGACAGCAGCAACAUCAGUAGCUGCCACGUCAAAACAAUCCUGUGAGCCGGGAGCAACAGAGGUAGGAGCAACAGGAGGAGGAGGAGCAGCAGCAGGAGGGGCAACAGCCAGGCCAAUGAUGGAUGACAGGCAAACAGUUGAUUUUAUAGAAGGCGACAGCCCAACGUCAACAGCAAAUUGCCAACUCAAUGCCGGCACAAACCACAAGGCACAGGAGCAGCAGCUAAUGAAAACUUCACAACAUACAUCAAACCAAGUGACAACAGCAGCAGCAGCAACAGCAGUAGAAGCAGCAGUAGAACCAUCAGCAGAAUAAGCAGGGCAUUAGUGGCUAGCCUUCGAAAGCCAACCCAACCCAUCCAGAACCGAAACCCAAACCCAAACUGAAUCCCGAAAAAAAGCUACCCACAUAACAAGAUGUUAUACAUAAAGAGAGCUAGUAAAUUUUAGAUAAUUUGUCUGGUGUACUUAUGUCCGGAGAUCAACCACGAGGACUCACGACGCCCCCGCUUCGAUUCGAGUGUGUGUGUGUGUGCGUGUGACUGUGGAAGGGAAGGGGAGGAAGGAUGCUUGGAUGGAUGUGCGGACGGAUGAAUGGGAUGGAUGCCAUAGAUGGUUAUCCCGGGCGGGGGAGCCGCGUGUGUGAGAACGUGUUUGAGCUCCGACUGAAAAAAAAAAAAACGAGGAGAGGAAACGAAAUCGCGUAGUUGACCUGCUUGCACCUGCAGGGGAAAAUGUCAGGAUAAACAUACAUAUAUAUAUUAAUAAAGUUGCACGCCUUUUUAAUUAGCCAAAUACGUGAGAAGCCGCAACACAUGUACGGAAAAUAAACCAACACACACAUACAUACUAUACACACACCUACAAUCCAAACACCACAAGCUAGUCGCUUUUUAAACUCAACUCUUUUUGCCCAUCUUUGUUUGCCCGGUUAUUGAGAAAAAUGCGUUGAACAUUUUUAAUUAACUUUCGAGCUGCCUUUAACCCGGCUCCCUGUAGAACCACCACCUACCCAACCCCUCCCCCUCCCCCUCCCCUUCCCCCUUUUCCUUCCCCUUACCGGUCGUCUGUCAAACCGGACGGACAAACAGCCGAAAGCCCUUCCGGCCGACAACCAAGCUAAUACCGCUGCUGCUUCUGCUUCUGCUGUUUGCCCCGAACUGUUUAACUUUAUGGAACACCAUAGCAUUGUCAAUUCUAUAAUAUAUACAUAUUUGGUUUGUCGCAACAUCAUUUAAAGAUCCAUGAAGGCAUCGCACUGAACACACUGUGUAUAUUCAUGAAUAAACAGCGUUGAGCGUUUGACAAAGUUGGCAAUAAUCACUAUUGACCGCCUAUUGAGUCGAUACAAUAUCUGUGAAUGUUCUUUUUGUAAUUUGUAUUUCGUUGUUUUCGCUUUCUGUUAAGUGUACUCCCACUUUUUACACGGUAUUUGAUUGUAACUCUGAUCCGAUUCGAGAUCUGAUUCGAGUGAGUGUGUUUCUAGGACUAAUCAAUAAGCAAGGAGGUCGCAGUCGAGGUUCGAGUACGGUUUAUAACUCUUAACUUUACACACUAAACUAAUACUAGUAGCUAUGACUAUUUGCUAUUGCUAAAAUGUUAUUUCUAAAUGUGUAUAAAUAUAUACGACACAAAUCGA